CGACGUCUUGCUGAAAUGGAUCUGGUGACGCUGGGCUGCCCCUGGAUGAUUGACGGAGUACAAAUACAGACAGAGUCACCCAGGCAGCCACUGCACCACAUGGGCCAGUUCUCCCAGGAGACCCACUUCCACAGGAGACCUGACACACAGAAGCUGAGAGACUCAUCCAAUUCACACUUGGGAAGAAGCGACAGGGCGGACAUGCUGGCUCAUCUGGGACAUUGUAACGUGGUGUUGUCACAGCCACAGGGGCAUUUAGCAGGCACAUCUCGUCCAGAGGGACUCUACAGAAUGACAGAGGGAGAAAUUACUGUGCUCUCCAUGGGGCCAACGACACAGCAAAACUACAGACAUCUCAUACGGCUCUACUGUAUGAACGGAGGACAUCAUCUGCAGAUCCUACAGGAUGGGACUGUCGCGGGUAGCAGAGAUGAAAAUAAAGAUGACAUCCUGAAGGUUAAAGCAGUGAGUGCUGGUGUGGUGGCCAUCAAGGGCCAUGAGACGGGCCGUUACCUGGCCAUGGACAAAGAUGGUCAUCUCUAUGGAUCGAAAACUCUGAAGGAUGAGUGUUACUUCCUGGAGAAGAUGGAGGAGAACCAUUACAACACAUACAGGUCUCAGAAGUACCAGGCCAAAGACUGGUUCCUGGGGCUCAAGAGGAAUGGGCAGCCUAAAGCUGGCCAAAGGACACACAUUGGCCAGAAGGCCAUAUAUUUUCUGCCUCGGCCUGUUGACAACACCACCAUGUAAAGGCAGAAGACAGGAAAUGUCAACAAUGACCAUGUCACAGCAAUCAAUCACCUCAAUUCACUUUGAACAAUGUGCUCUUAAUCAAUAAGUAAAUGUGACAAAGCAUCAAUAAUCAUUAUGUUAUUAUAUUUUAUGAUCAAUGGGCCAUUUUAAUGUAUUCCUUUUGUACGAUAAUAGCAUAUGUAUCACACAAAUGGUUUCUUAUUUAUAUCCUAUGUUUCCUCAUAUUUGUUGGAGAAUAUUUAUUAAUAAAAUGUUGUAAAAAUAUA